UGCCGCUACAGCGCUGUGAUCUUCUACUGCUCCAUGUACAUGGGGAUCCUCUUCAUGGGCUUAAUUAGCCUCGAGCGCUACGUCAAGAUUGUCCGAACCUCCCCCUCCUCCAUCACCGCCACCUCCUGCAGGACAGGAGUAGCCAGGAUCUUUUCCCUGCACCACCUGCAGAACCCCAAGUGUGCCCGGGUGUUGGCCGUCCUCUCUUGGACCCUCCUCGCUGUUUUCCUCAUGCCCAACAGCUUGAUGACGAGCAAGCAAGCCAACGAGGAAAACGCCCGCAAGUGCAUGGAUCUGAAGACGGCGCUGGGCAAAAAGUGGCACCAGGUGUCCUCAAUCUUCAGCGUCUCAAUGUUCUGGGUGACUCUGGCGGUCCUCGCCUUCUGCUAUGCCUCCAUCUCCCGCCGCAUCUACCAGUCGUACCGCCGGGUUCGCUGCGAUAACAGCGACGUCUGCCGCAAGUCCAACCGGAGCAUCUUCAGCAUCCUGGUGGUGUUCUUCAUCUGCUUUGUGCCGUACCACGUCUGCCGCAUCCCCUACACGCUGAGCCAGAUGCCGGAGUCGGGCUUCAGCCGGUACGCCCGCUUCCUGCUGCUGCAGGUGAAAGAGGGGACGCUCUUCCUGUCAGCACUCAAUGUCUGCCUCGACCCCGUCAUCUACUUCCUCAUGUGCCGAACCUUCAGAGAAUCGCUGCUGAGAAAAGUGUCGCGGCGAGAGAGGAGGAGGAGGAGGUCCUUGACCACGGCGCAGAGUCUGAGCAACAUUUAGGAGGCGAGGAGAGGAGGAGACCCCUGACCACGGCUUGCAUUUAGGACGAGAGAGGAGGAAACCUAAAUGUUGAAGCUGAAAUCAUGUAUUUUUUUAUUUGCUGUAAUAAAACUGCUCUCUUCUGUUUGUUUCUCGGUCUGAUAGAAAUC